AUGGUUGUUCAAAAGUUAUUAAAUCCCACCGUAUUUCACAAAUCGUCUUCGAGAUGCCUCAACACGAUUUCGAGCUUUCCAACUUUCAAAUACGUUGACCAGCUUUCUGGGUACUUAGCUAAGAAUUUCAUUCUGCAUGAGCCAGGAAAGUUUGUUAUAAUUCCAAAACCGUACGGGAUUUCCUGUGUUGGAGAGAUGCAGCCUUCCGGAGGAGUUUUCAAAUCUGGGAGGUUCGAUGAAAAGGAUGAAAAUUUCAAGAUGUCAAAGAGGAAAAGUGAAAAGGAUAUUUCAAUUACGGAUUGUCUACCGAACCUGCAGCAUUACUUCAGAGAACCUAGAUUGGAAUUUUGUGUCGGGCUUAAAAGGUAUCUCUCUGGUGCUAUCGUUCUACCGUGUAACGAAAAGGAAUCUAGUCGGCUAGUAAACAGUGUUAAGUUCGCCUCUCUUCAGAGGUCUGAAGACGACACACAUUAUAGAGUUAUAGCGGUACUAAUGGGGAAUCUCGGAAAAAAUGAGGGAUCAGUUAGUGGCUACUCUACGUUCUUGCCAAUGGGGUCGCAUAAGGAAUACACCUUUAUUGAGGGAAAGGCUAGUAAACGAGCUAAGUCUGGGAAGUUUGCCGUCGAAGGCUCUUUGUCCUACAAGGUUUUAAGUAGAAAGUACGGCUGCACUUUGGUAGAAUUCGGAGUUAACAAAUUUUCGCGACACCUCCCUCGCCUCAUUUUCUCACAUUUGCAAUGCCCCAUACUGGGUGAUAAGCUGUAUGCAAGUCGGUUGGCUGACAUUGAUGGCAAACCCGUGAAUGUGAAUCGUUCCAAACAAAAUAGGAAUAUCAAACUAUGGUGUCCUGCUGCUCUGAGCCAGAAACUAGAGAUGAACCCUGAUUUGCUGCGGCAAUCAAUCCCUCUGUAUUGCCAUGUUUACAGUACAGUAUUCCCGAGGUAUGGUUGGGUGCCAGGGUUAUCGAAGGAUCAACAAGAUGUCACGGACUUAGUAGCUUCUGUUCCACCGCCAGAUCAUUUUCUGUCGAUGGUGCGAUCACUUGACAUGGAGACAGACUUGAUGAAGUUCUUCCGAGAAAAUGAGGAUCUGGCCAGUCCUGAAGUUGGAAGAGAUCUAUCUUUCUGA